AUGUCAGACAACGCUGAAACUGUUACUACAAAUGAGGAUACAACAGAAAAAGAAGCAUCAUCAUCAGUUAAUAAUGUGAAUAUAUCAACACCAAUUCGUUUAUUUGGACAAUUUAAACAGAAUGGUACUAGUUUUAAUAAUUUUGGUCAAUUAUCUUCAAAUGGUGAAAAUGCUUCAUCAUCAUCAUCAACAACAAGUUAUUUUACGAGUACAGUUUCAAAAUUAUCAUCAAUUAAUAGUGGAGGUUUUGGUUCAUCAUCAACAUCAUUAGCAGCAUCACUUGCUCCAUUAAAUUCUAACAAACCAUUAUUUGGUGCAUCAAGUUCAUUGAAGAAUGAUAGAACAAAUAAAAAUGACGAUGAAGAGGAAGAAAAUGACGAAGAAGAUAAUGAUGACGAUAAUAAUAAUGAUGACGAUAAUAAUAAUGAUGAUGAUGAUGAUGACAAUAAUAAUAAACCAACACCUUCAUUAUUUGAAACAGCAGCUGAAUAUGAAGCUAAACGAGCAACAACUCAUCCUAUAGCUAAUAUUCAUGGUGACACAUCAACCGGUGAAGAACAUGAAGUAACAAAAUUUCAGAUGGCAGGCAAAUUGUAUAUGUAUCAUCCUGAACAACAGCAAUAUGUUGAACGUGGUUAUGGCAUUUUAAAAAUUAAUGAAAGUCAUGAUCCAUCUGAUUGGAAUAAAUUACAAGCACGAUUAAAUAAGAAACAGCGAAAUUUCUUAUCAAAAGUAGCUUUCUACCUAUCGCUAAUUGAACUUGCCUACAAUUUACUUUCACUUCGUUUUAAUUCACGUGUUCGUGUUAAAACAUAUACAGAUGAAAUAACACCCAUAGCAAGUGUAGUUGAUAUUUUUGAAGGAGCCAAUUGGAUGGAAAGAGAGGUUUGGGAUAUGUAUGGAAUUUAUUUUACAAAUCAUCCAGAUCUUCGUCGUAUUUUAACUGAUUAUGGUUUUGAAGGUUAUCCAUUGCGUAAAGAUUUUCCACUUCCUGGUUAUACAGAGGUUCGUUAUGAUGAAGAACAAAAACGUGUUGUUAUUGAACCUCUUGAAUUAUCACAAGAUUAUCGUAAAUUUGAAUUAAGUACACCAUGGGAAACAUUUUCUAAAUUUCGUAAUCGACCUCAUGAUGAUACAAAAAAAAGUCAAGAAGCUACAACGUCUGAAAUUUCGCAAAAACCAAGUGGAACUGGUAGUGAAAAUAAAAAAUAA